AUGGCCAGCCCUCGCCGCAUCCGAAUCAAUGCCCAAACUCCGCCAUCCUGCCCCGGAACUUAUACCGGCGGAAUUCGUUGCUACUGCUACACGCAGGAUCCUGGAUUGAGAAUUGAAUGUGAUGCGAAUUAUUAUUCUGGCACUUCUCCAGAAGUAGCAAAGGAAGCCCUUAUUUACUACCAGUCCUAUGGUCCCGUAGUCUCCUUUUAUAUUUAUGAUAUCACCUCAACGUAUUUUACUUACAUACCGGACAAUUUCCUUGCGGGUCAAAUUCCAAAUGUUAUAUUUCAAUGCAGCCACUCGCAAUCGGUAAAUUCGGGGCUGUUAACGUUCAGCGUUAACGCAUUCAACGACGAUCUUGGGCAGUGUGAUUUGACCGGAAAUGUAAAGUUUAAAGACUGUAAUCUACGCCAGUUCUACGGGUCCGUAUUUAAAAACUGUGAUAAAUUGGAGAACAUUGCGUUCAUCAACAGCCAUGUCGACGGCCUCAUCGAUAUCCCAACGCUUAAAAGCUUGAGAAACUUAACUGUCUUUACCCCAACUUUUUGGACUGGAGCCACUCAUCAAGGUCUUUCACUAUUAACACUGGCCCCAGGCGCAUCUUUUCCUCUUCUUACCUAUCUGGAUCUUACCGGAAACAGUUUGAACGACGAUUCAAUUGAAUUCGUGUCUCAAUUAACUGUAAUGGAACAGUUGCAUUUGGAAGGCAACAAUUUCGCCUCCGUACCCAAUUUAACCGAUUGCUUUAAUUUGCACACCUUCUCCAUGACGCUCAACCAGAGCUCGUCCGUGCCUAUUCUACUUCCCAAUCCAAGAUCACAGGUUCAGUCUCUAACAGCAACUUUUUAUUCAAAUGCUGAUGGCGUGAAUGAAGUAACUGCUCUUGAAGGAUUUUUGGUUAAUGACGUCAUCAACCUUAAAUUGAACAUGACCAAAUUUACAGCGGAAGUAUUCCUCGACCCUCUUGUUGAAUCAAGUGGCCUCAAUAUUAAUUUAAACCCAGCGUCAAGAAUUGAAUGCGGUUGUAGUAUUUCUUGGCUUGUGCGUGAUAAUCCUACUUUGCUGGCCCAAGUCCAUUCCGGGACUUGCGCUGAUGGUCGGCCAUUUGAAUCCUACCCCUUGGGAGAUGUUUCUUGUUGUUCAACGGAAUCGUUGGUAAAUUUGAUUAGUCGUCAACGCCAAGAGAUUAACGACCUAAAGGCUCGUCUAUUGGCUGAGUAAUUUACGGACAAAACACGCCCUGAUCCAAACCUUUAACACAAAUCAAACAAACAUGAGGGUUAUGUAAAAGGAAUAAGCCCAGACGCCAAAAGCGCGCAGCAACAAUUAUCUGCAUUUCAGUAUAUUAUUAGAUCCCAACUUUUACCGUUACAAUAGAUGGGAAAAAUUAUCUAGAUGAUAGCGUAGUCUACUGCGCAAUUGAUCAAAUGUGUAAACAUUGUGAAGGAAUAAAUCUUUUUGACGUUGGCAAACAAA